CGUGUGUUGUGUUAGGAUUUCUUCACUGUCUAGCUAGUGGUGAGGAAGUCAUCUAUAACCAGUGUUCAAUUAAAACCUGUUAUUCCUACUCCUUAUGUAGAUUAAUAUUAGAGUUUUUAAAAUAUCAUAGUGAAAAUAGUGAAUAGAAAACAAUAAUAAGAUGGCUUCCACUGCACCACCAGCAUCAGUACCCCCACCACCACCGCCGCCAUCGUCAGCCCCCACUGCUGGCAAAGGAUUUCCUAGCAAAAUAUACAAUGCCUUAAUUGGCUCAGUGGACAAGCAUGUCCCUGAGAAGUUGCGGCCACUGUGGCACCAUCCAGCUGGGCCUAAAACUGUUUUCUUCUGGGCGCCACUUUUCAAAUGGACGCUUGUCAUUGCUGGUCUUAGUGACUUGGCGCGACCGGCCGAGAGUCUUUCGGUACCACAAUGUGCCGCCCUCGCAGCGACCGGUAUCAUCUGGUCGCGUUACUCGCUGGUCAUCGUUCCCAAAAACUACAGUCUGUUCUCUGUCAAUUUAUUCGUUGGCUUGACACAGAUAAUUCAACUGAGUCGCGCCUACAUGCACCAAAUGGAAAAGAACAAAUUGGCAGCCGCCGAAGGGCAACAACCAGCUAUUGCUGCUGCUGCUACUACAGCUGAAAAGAAAACUGAGUUGUAAUUGACCAAAGCAGCUCGAUUUGUACAUAUGCAUAUAAUAUUCAAGUGUAUAUAAUGUGAAUAUGAAUCGGUCGCAAGCUAACUAUUUCAUAUAAUUAGCG